AGCGGCUGGGAGAGAGUGGCGAUAGGCAAUGUCUGGUCCAGCUGAUGAGACUGCAGGAGACCUGCCUGUGAAAGAUAUAGGUCUGAAUCUCUUUGGCAUGGGAGGGUUGCAAGAAACUUCAACAACCCGGACAAUGAAGUCUCGCCAGGCAGUGUCACGUAUCAGUCGUGAGGAACUGGAAGACAGAUUUUUGCGUUUGCAUGAUGAGAACAUUGUACUUAAACAGCAUGCCCGCAAGCAAGAGGAUAAAAUUAAAAGAAUGGCCACCAAGUUAAUACGGCUAGUUAAUGACAAGAAACGAUAUGAACAGGUUGGUGGCGGCCCCAAGCGGUUGGGAAGAGAUGUGGAAAUGGAAGAAAUGAUUGAGCGGCUACAAGAGAAAGUUCAUGAGCUUGAAAGACAAAAUGAAGUCCUCAAAAGCAGACUGAUUUCAACCAAGCAGCAACUUCAGAUCCAGGGUCACAGGCACACUCCGUACAGUUACGUGCAAUCUCGUGUUAACACUGGGCGUAGAAGAGUGAAUGAAAAUGCAGGCUUACAGGAAUGCCCCAGGAAAGGUAUUAAAUUCCAAGAUACAGAUGGAGGAGAAACUGUGCAACCCAUGCCUACAAAAUAUAGCAACAGUUUACUCAAAGAAGCCAGAGGAGAAAUAAGAAAUUUAGAAAAUGUUAUUGAGUCACAGAGAGGCCAGAUAGAAGAGUUAGAGCACUUGGCGGAGAUCCUGAAAACUCAGUUGAGGAGAAAAGAAAAUGAAAUUGAGUUAUCUCUUCUUCAGCUUCGAGAACAGCAGGCUACAGAUCAAAGGUCAAACAUUCGGGACAACGUAGAAAUGAUUAAGCUUCAUAAGCAACUAGUGGAGAAAAGCAAUGCCCUUUCAGUAAUGGAAGGAAAAUUUAUUCAGCUUCAAGAGAAGCAAAAAACUCUCCGGAUCAGCCAUGAUGCCUUAAUGGCAAAUGGAGAUGAGCUAAAUCUGCAACUUAAAGAACAACGUUUAAAAUGCUGCAGUCUUGAGAAACAGUUACGUUCCAUGACGUUUUCUGAAAGAAGAAUAGAAGAGCUGCAGGAUAGAAUUAAUGAUUUAGAAAAGGAGCGGGAACUUCUAAAGGAAAACUAUGAUAAACUUUAUAACAGUGCCUUCAGUGCCGCCCAUGAAGAGCAAUGGAAGUUAAAGGAACAGCAGCUGAAAAUACAGAUUGCUCAACUUGAGACAGCCUUAAAAUCCGAUUUAACAGACAAAACUGAAAUCCUUGACAGAUUAAAAACUGAAAGAGACCAAAAUGAGAAAAUCAGUCAAGAAAAUAGACAACUCCAGUUACAGUACCUGGAACAAAAGCAACAACUUGAUGAACUUAGAAACCACAUGAAGUUUUACGACCAGGAGAGUGAUAUUAAUGCUGAUGAAUUGAGUGAAGCUCUCCUGCUUAUAAAGGCUCAAAAAUCACAAAAAAAUGGAGACCUUUCAUUUUUAGAAAAAGUAGACAGUAAAAUUAAUAAAGAUCUAGAACGGUCCAUGAAAGAGCUGCAAGCAACUCAUGCAGAAACAGUGCAAGAACUUGAAAAGACAAGAAACAUGUUAAUUAUGCAACAUAAAAUUAAUAAAGAUUAUCAGAUGGAAGUUGAGGCAGUGACCCAGAAGAUGGAAAAUCUGCAGCAAGAUUAUGAACUUAAAGUGGAACAGUAUGUUCAUCUUCUUGAUAUCCGGGCUGCACGCAUCCAGAAACUAGAAGCCCAAUUAAAGGAUAUUGCCUAUGGCACCAAGCAGUACAAAUUUAAGCCAGAAAUCAUGCCGGAUGACUCAGUUGAUGAAUUUGAUGAAACCAUUCACUUAGAACGAGGGGAAAAUCUAUUUGAAAUCCAUAUCAACAAAGUAACCUUUUCUUCCGAAGUUUUACAGGCAUCUGGGGAUAAAGAGCCUGUCACCUUCUGUACCUACGCUUUCUAUGAUUUUGAACUACAGACAACUCCCAUAGUACGGGGCCUUCACCCAGAAUAUAACUUUACUUCUCAAUACCUCGUUCAUGUUAAUGACUUAUUCUUACAAUACAUUCAGAAAAAUACUGUCACUCUUGAGGUCCAUCAAGCUUACAGCACAGAUUAUGAAACAAUCGCAGCUUGUCAGUUGAGAUUCCAUGAAAUUCUAGAAAAAAGUGGUCGAAUAUUUUGCACAGCAAGUUUGGUUGGAACUAAAGGAGACAUCUCCAAUUUUGGCACAGUGGAAUACUGGUUCCGAUUAAGAGUUCCCAUGGAUCAAGCGAUUCGGCUUUAUCGAGAACGGGCAAAGGCUUUGGGAUACAUAACAUCAAAUUUUAAGGGGCCAGAGCAAAUACAAUGGUUAAGUCAUCAAGCACCCAAAACUGCUCAGCUCAGUUCUACUGAUUCCACAGAUGGCAACUUAAAUGAACUUGAUAUUACAGUAAGAAGUUGCAACCACCUGCAGUCCCGAGCAAGCCACCUUCAGCCACACCCAUAUGUUGUGUACAAGUUUUUUGAUUUUGCAGACCAUGACACAGCCAUCAUUCCCAGUAGCAAUGAUCCACAGUUUGAUGAUCAUAUGUGUUUCCCAGUGCCAAUGAAUAUGGAUUUGGAUCGAUACCUUAAGUCAGAGUCUCUGAGUUUUUAUGUAUUUGAUGAUAGUGAUACCCAGGAGAAUAUUUACAUAGGAAAAGUCAAUGUGCCUCUGAUUUCAUUGGCACAUGACAGGUGUAUUUCAGGCAUAUUUGAGUUAACAGAUCAUAAAAAGCACCCUGCUGGAACUAUUCAUGUUAUAUUGAAAUGGAAAUUUGCUUACCUUCCACCAAGUGGUUCUAUAACAACUGAAGACUUAGGAAAUUUCAUACACAAAGAAGAGUCAGAGGCUGUUCAGAGACUACCUCCAACAUCCCCUGUUAGUGCACGAAUUGUAGCACCAACACCUAAACCAAGACGUUUAACAACUAAAGAUAAGAAGGUAUCUUUUAUGGAUAUCACGCCACAUCAGCAUUAUGAGACCUCUACUCUUCCUGAAGAUAGGAAGGAAAUUUUGCCAGAAGUGGAACAUAUACCAGGAAGAGAAAUUGAUAUGCCAACUGUUUCACAUAUUCCCGAGAUUCCUCAGGAAAGCAGUGUAGAUAAGGUAAAAGAGAAUACUGAGAAAACGCAGCAAGGAAAGGACAACGAUGUGUCUUUACUGUCUGAGGGUCAGCUUGCAGAACGAAGUUUGAUUUCUUCCGAAGAUGAAACAGAAAUAACUGAAGAACUGGAACCAGAAGAUGAAGAAGACAGAUCAGCUUCUGACAGUGAUGAGUGUAUUAUUCCAGGUUCUAUCUCCAAGAAUAUCAAACAGCAGCCACCAGAAAAAAUCCGGAUUGAGAUCAUAGCCCUUAGCCUUAAUGAUUCCCGAGUAACUGCAGAUGACACUAUCCAGCGACUCUUUGUGGAAUGCAGAUUCUACAGUCUUCCUGCUGAAGAGACACCCGUGUCACUUCCCAAACCCAAGAGCGGCCAGUGGGCCUACUAUAAUUACAGCAAUGUGAUCUACGUGGAUAAAGAGAACAACCAGGCCAAGAGAGACAUCUUGAAAGCUAUACUACUGAAACAAGAGAUGCCUAAUAGAAGCGUUCGCUUCACUGUGGUCAGUGACCCUCCUGAGGACGAGCAGGACCUGGAGUGUGAGGACAUUGGCAUCGCCAGCGUUGACCUCGCUGACGUGUUUCGGGAAGGGAGAGACAUCAUCGAGCAAAAUAUCGAUGUUUUGGAUGCCAGAGCAAGUAGUGGAAGUAUCGGCAAGCUCAGGGUAACAGUCGAAGCCCUCCAUGCCCUACGGUCUGUCUACGAGCAAUUCAGAGAUGACUUGGAGGCUUGA